AUGGUUCCCGAGGAGGGCUCCGACCAUGAUGAGUCCAGUUUUGAAGUCCUGCGUCUGAGCAACUUCAGCGCCAGACGCAGGCGAAAGAAAGUGGCCACCCGGGUACCUCACAGCCGGCUGCGCAAUCUCUGUGGGUUCUGGAAGUGUCGCCAUCUAUACUGUCACAACCACCCAUAUUCCCGAAGAGCCAUGAUCUGCCGGCUCGUAAAGCGUCCAUUCUGGGGGGUAGUGAUUAUCCUCGGCUUCCUUAAACUCGUCUCCCUCAUCUGGUCCGGCCUAAUCUACCUCUUUCCCGACGAUCUCGACGCCCGUCUCGACGCCUGGUCCACCCACGGCGUCCUUCCCGUGCGCUGCCACUCCCACAACGACUACUGGCGCGACGUGCCCCUCCACUCAGCCCUCAGCGCGGGCUGCAUUGGCGUCGAAGCCGACAUCUGGCUGUCCAAUUACGACCUCCUAGUCGGUCAUACUCCAUUCACCCUCCACCACGAAGUCACCCUCCGAAGCCUCUACCUCAACCCCCUCCUCGAUCUUCUCCAAAAGCACAACACCCGCUCCAGCCAACUCGAGCCCACCCACCAACCGGGCAGGCCCCGAGCCGGCGUCUUCGCCAGCGACCCGUCCCAAACCCUGGUCCUACUCAUCGACUUCAAAGAACAACCUGAAAAGACCUGGUCGGUCGUAAUGGAUCAACUCAAACCCCUCCGCGACGGCGACUACUUCACCUACUUCAACGGCUGGACAUCAUUUCCCGCCCCAUCACCAUCGUCGCGACCGGCAAUGCUCCCUUCGACCGCAUCACGGCGAACCAAACCCACCGCGACAUCUUCUACGAUGCACCUUUGGACCAACUCUCCCUACUAUCCCUCAGCAGCAGUGACGCAGACCCCGAAACCCAACCCAUCUACUCCGACCAAAAUAGUUACUAUGCGUCGGUCGACUUCAGAAAGUCCAUCGGGUCAGUUGGAGCUGGUGAGGAAGCAGAUCGAGGCAGCACAUAUGCGUGGCUUGAAGGUUCGGUAUUGGGGGACGCCGAGCUGGCCACGGGGACUUCGGAAUCAUGUGUGGCAUGUGUUGGUGCGUGAGGGGGUGGAUUUGAUUAAUGUGGAUGAUUUGAGGGAGGCGACGAGGCAGGAUUGGAGGAAGCAUCGGAGUUGGUUUUUUUGA